GCUCAAGUCAACUCUGAAACUGAAGAACUUCAGAAGGGUCAACCCCAAAUGUUCACAAUAAAAAAACAUCCUUCAAAACUCAGCAGGUUGGCUUAACAUUUGGAGUGUUUACAACUCAGUCUCCAAGCAAAAGGGAAGAUGGCACCAACCUUACAGCAGGCCUACCGCCGACGCUGGUGGAUGGCUUGCACUGCAGUGGUGGAAAAUCUCUUCUUCUCAGCUGUUUUGCUGGGCUGGGGCUCCCUGCUCAUCAUGCUCAAACAUGAGGGAUUCUACUCAUAUGUAUGCAUAGGUGAGAACGGCACCAAUGACUCCGUCACGGCUGACUCGCCUUACUUUCACCCAAGCUGUGUGGAACAGGAGGAAAUGCUCAACCUGGGCUUCACCAUUGGUUCCUUUUUACUGAGUGCUGCCACCUUGCCUCUUGGGAUAUUGAUGGACCGAUUUGGCCCUAGGCCACUCCGCCUGGUCGGCAGUGCCAGUUUUGCUGUUUCCUGUGCUCUCAUGGCUCUGGCUGCUUACAACCCACCAGUUCUUUCCCCGCUGAUUUUUCUUGGCCUUUCCCUGAACGGCUUUGGUGGGAUCUGCCUGACAUUCACCUCCCUAACGCUGCCCAACAUGUUUGGGAAUCUGCGUUCAACCUUCAUGGCACUCAUGAUUGGGUCAUAUGCUUCAUCUGCUGUUACCUUUCCUGGUGUCAAGCUUAUCUAUGACAUUGGAGUUUCCUUUAUCACCAUCAUGCUUGUCUGGUCAAGUCUGGCUUGUCUCCUCUUCCUCAACUGCUUGAUCAACUGGCCCAAGGAGUCCUUCCCAGCUCCUGAAGAAGCUAACUAUAUGAAGAAGAUAAAACUGAGCAGUCUAGCCCUUGAUCACCGAGUCACAGGUGACCGAUUCUACAUGCACGUGAUGGUUGUGGGACAGCGGUUGAGCCAGAAAGCUCCGCAUCUGAAUGGGAGCAAGGAGGAGCAGUACCCGUCCAUUCAGGAUCUCCACAAUGAGGCCACAGAGUCUUCCCAGUCUGCAGGAUCCAUCCCCUUCCGCCGUAGCGUCUGCUCUCCCAUCUUUCUGUGGAGUCUGAUUACAAUGGGCAUGACCCAGCUGCGCAUCAUCUUCUACAUGGCAGCAAUGAACAAGAUGCUGGAGUUCCAGGUGACAAGUGGCAAGGAGCAUGUAUCAGCAGACCUGAGGAACGAAGCCGAACAAACAGUCAGCUUCUACUCAUCCAUCUUUGGUGUCAUGCAGCUGCUAUGCCUUCUCACCUGCCCUUUGAUUGGUUAUGUGAUGGACUGGCAUAUAAAGGACUGCGUAGAUGGACCAAGAAAUAUGGAUGCCGCCGAAAAAACUAGAAAUGUGGUGAAAGGAAAACCUCCCAAAGUUCGCUACCGUAAGAUUCAGAAGCUCACCAAUGCUAUCCGGGCCUUUGUCAUCACCAAUCUGCUGCUAGUGGGGUUUGGUAUCACUUGCCUGAUCAACAGCCUCCCUCUACAGUAUGUGACCUUCAUCUUUCACACCAUGGUGCGUGGCUUUUUCCAUUCUGCCUGUGGAGGCCUUUAUGCUGCUGUGUAUCCAUCCAAUCACUUUGGGACAUUGACUGGUUUGCAAUCAACGAUUAGUGCUGUAUUUGCUCUCCUUCAACAGCCACUCUUCAUGGCAAUGGUGGGACCACUACAUGGGGAUCCCUUUUGGGUGAACCUCGCCCUUCUCAUCUUCUCUGUUGCGGGCUUCCUGCUCCCCUGCUACCUCUACUACUUCCGCCACAAGAUUCUCCGGGAUGAAACUACGAAAGAAGGGACUCCAGAUCAGGCGAAUGGUACAUCAAUGAAACUCCCGGAUGGUGCAGCUGCCAAUGGCUUGUUGAGCAGCAAUUCUACCACUGCAUAAGCCAGACUCAGGGAAGGUGGAGAACUUGUGGGUUACGGAGAGCUGAAUCCAAGUGCCUAGCAGAUGGUGUGAGAUGCUAUUACUGAGGGGAGGGGAAUAUACUGUGAGAAUUUUAUAUUUGGAACUAUGAAAAUAACCAAGGUGCUUUUAAUUCUCAACAAAUGCAUAUCUAUAUUUAUAUCUAUCUAU